AUGAACAAAACCAGGCUUAUAAAUGAAAUAAAACAAAUGGAUGCAACAAUCCAAACUUAUUUAAACACGCCAUCAAAUUUCUCACGUUCGCUCAUCAAACCAAAAAUUAUUAAAAAACAAGAUUACAUCCAUUUUUACAGAUCUUUAGAAAAACUUUUAAAAGAACUUAAAAAAGUAAUUUUAAAACAUUCAAAUCCCAGAGCCGUCAGGCAAAUUUCGAAGAAGAACGAUCUGAAAAAAUCACAUAUUGAAAAUAAUGAUAAUGAUGACAAUACUAUCACAAAAUCAGAUUUGUUUUAUUUCAGAGCAAAGGAACUUAGAUUGUCAUACUGGUUAAGAUCUUUAAAAUUAAAGAUGGAAUUUAAACAUAUCAAAUUGGAAUAA